ACAUCCGCUUUUAGCUACCGACAACACACACGGAGCGGCGCUGUAUGUCUGAUUUCGACUGACAAUGUGGUGCAUUGUUAGUCCGUUUCACGCGGCGCCACGGAAAACGUGCGUCUGAUCCCGCGUUUGGACGCAAAGGGACCGCAUGGAUGACAUAGGGGAGGAUGAGAGGGGGGAUCGUGAGCGGAGCAAGUGUCGGAAGUACAGGAAGGAGCUGGGGCUUCUGCAGGCCAAGGUGGACUUUCUGGAGGAGGAGCUCCUUGCGGAGCGCCGUCUCUGCAGGAGGCUCCAGGAUGCAUUCCUCAGAGUCAAAGAGAACACUGUGAUGAAUGGGCAGAUGCCCUCUCAAGUGAGAGCUGUUGAGACCCAAACAGACGAUCAGCCGUCUUCGUCCAUGCAGCAAGUAGAUCACCGCCAAAGCAACGGCACGACCCACCUCAACGGCGGAGGCAGUCCGGCAUGUUCUGUCAUAUUCACGUCCCCCAAGGAGCAGACAAACGGACUCGCGACGUUCCAGGCGGCCCUUCCUGUUCUUGCCAGUCAACCGCCCGUGGCAACAGAGCCGGCACAGAGCACAGCGACGACGGAGCCGCUCGAGCAAGCUCAACCCGACAUCGCCGAGAAGCAGACGGGAGAGAACGGCUGCGAGCGCUGCUGCGGAAAAUUGGUCUUUGACGCUACCGUGUCGUCGGUUGCACCCGUGGCCACCAACUCGUGCACGGAGGGCAGCAGCUCUAACACCGACUGCGACCUUGAUGCGACGGAAGAAGAGAUGAAGGAGUUUGAUUUAGCAGCAUUUGUCAACUUGAGGGAUGAAACGCUGGCCCUGCAGAACAGCACCCUGAACGGACUGGAGUCGUCGGAGACCGACGACGUGCCGGCCUCUGCCGAGAGCGGCGGGCAACCCGAAUCUGCCGAGAACGGGGAAGUUUUGGCAGCCCGACCGACCUUCAAGUUUCCAGACCUCCCGCUGGACGUGAAGCAUCAGCUGUCCCGGCUGAGGAAAGGGGACCUCGUGCCGACCACCCUCAGGAAGCGGAUCGUGGCCCGCCUCUACUGCGCCCUCUCUGCGGCCACCCUGUACCCAGGGAGGCUCUACUCCACCGCAGCGGACGAGUUGGUGAGGAGGUAUCCUCAGCUGCGUGAUGCUUCGCCCACGGGAUGUAAAACGUGGCACGAGGGAAUGCGCAGUCGUGCGAAGAACAUGCGCCGGAGGAUGGGUCCGGGAGUUCCGGAGGUGGAUCGUGCCAAGGCCAAGGUUCGACAACGCCUCGAAGCGACAAGGCCACUGGCCGCUUCCGCAAGCACAGACGGCGGCAAGUCAUCCACCGGCCGUGCUGCGGCCAUCCGAUGCUUGCCUCAGAUAGAGCUUGGCAAAGAGGAGGACGAAGACACCGUCGGGGCGCUGGUGGGCUUCCUGAAGGCGGAGGUUGAGAAGCCCAGAAGGGACAUGGUCAAGAUCAAGGUGGCCAUGAACCGGACCUUCUUUGCCAGGAGGUACUGGAUGACUGACCUCAGCCUCACCGUGGAACGCGUCACCCAACGCUACCCCGCGCUCAGGCUGGAAGAGGAGAUCCGGUACGAGUUCCAGCGGCUGACACAGAGGGACGCUGCGGCCGGCCUGCAGACGUUCCUGGAGCACAAGAUCGACCGGGUCUUCGCCCUGCUCAUGGAGAAGCCGAGCACGAGGGAGAAGGCCAACGAAGUGAUGAAGGACGCGGGCUCCUGCCUCCCGGCGCAGACCAAGAGCUUCCUGGCAACGGCAUGCCUUUGCCUUUUACCAGGCUUGGUGCGGGAGAAGUCUGAUCGGUUCCUGAAAAAAUUGGAGCCAGGCACAGAGCACCACCACCCUACCAUCAUCUUCGCUGGAAAGGACGCCUUCAACUCAUCCAUAGUUCAAGUUGCCUUCGAGGACAUCGUCAUCACUGUGGUAGACAUCAAGCACGCCAUCUCCCUGAUGAUCUGCAUGUACUGGGCGUUCAACGUGGAGUAUGUCACGGAAGCCAGAAACACCUUGUCCAUCCUGGAGUACGUCAUCGGCGUGAGGCACACGCAGCUCGGCACGAGUGCGCUGAAAUUCGUCAGUUCGUUGUAAAUAUACGAGCAGCUUUCGUCCGUCACCUCCAUGGACGGGUCCAUUUGUUGGUGCAUUCCACCCUCUUAUUGUGUUCACCUCGGGCGUCUGUAAAUAAACGGUUAUCGUCUUUCCAA